AUGGCGGAAACUGACAACAUGGAAGAGGAGGAUCUCUUCGCCGAUCUUUACGACAAUGAUGACAGUGCCCCGUCCAAAGACCAGAUUCCCGCCGCACCUUCAGCUCCAGAGCCUGUCAAGUCUGACAGUGCGCCCGGCUACGGUGAGGAACCGGAUACUGGCCAUGACCCUACCUCCUUCGAGAUGGACGCAGCCAUGCAUGACCAGCCUACAAAUGGGGCUUCUGACAUGGGCUUUGAUGGAGCUGCAACGAAGAAAGAUGUCGAGCCAGGCAUUCAGAUGAAAGAAGACGGGUAA